AUGAUCGAUGCACAUCUACAGAUUGUUCUUCAGAUUUUGCAAGAGAAGCAGUUGUUUGCCAAGUUGAGAAAGCAUGGGUUGAGAGAGGUGAUGUUCUUAGGGCAUGUUGUAUCUUCUAAAGGGAUCUAUGUUGACCCAAAAAAGAUUGAAGCUAUUCUGGAGUGGAAACAGUCGAAGAGCGUCACUGAGGUUCUGAGUUUCUUAGGGUUGGCUGGGUAUUAUUGUAGAUUCGUUGAGGGGUUCUCCAUCAUAUACGAGACUUGGUUGUGUACUGAUGAAAAAGGGCAAGGUAGUAGCUUAUGCUUUAAGGCAGUUGAAGUUGCAUGA